AUGAAAGGGAUCUACUUCCUCCUGACUUCCCUUGCCGCCCUCAGAUCGUUUGCAUCGCCAGGAAAGCGAGACAAUCGCGGGUCUUACACUGUUUCCGGUCUGGGGCAGCAUAAACAAGCCAUCUUGAACGCAGGUGGAAACACCCUUGAUCUUGCCAUUGCGAUGCUGGAGACCGAGACAAUGACAACCGACUAUGCUUAUGGUGAUGGGAAGACCAAUGAUUCCGCAAAUUUUGGGCUUUUCAAACAGAACUGGGGCAUGCUCCGUGUAUGUGCCACUCGGUACGGCCUAGCUGGGCAGACUGAGGCUGAUUGGAACAAUGGUGCUCUACUGAAUUCUAAUGUUUAUGCCGACGUGGCCUCUCGCUGGGACUGCCAGGAUUACUAUGGAAUCGACCUUUGGUUUGCCGGUCAUAGGGACGGUGCAUCAGGACUGGCUAAUCCUAACACGGCCGACAUUGACAAUUACAAAAAUGCGGUAUAUUGGAUCCAAGAUCAAAUUGACAGUAAUUCCAUCUACCAGUCCGACGACACACGGUUUUGGGUAGAUGUUGCUGCCAUUUAG